AUGGCGAGACGUACGACCAGAAGAUCGGUAGAAGAAGAUAUAGAGCCCGAUGAGGUUGAUCUGUUCCACUCAAAUAGAAGCAAGAUUCUAUUAAACGAAGCCGGCGAAUAUGGUCAGCAGAAAAGCAUCGAUGACGUGGAGUCAGAAGAGGAAGUUUUUGGAGAGUCCGCACUGGGGAGCGACGAUGACGACGAAGGGGGAGAUGAUGAAGAUGAAGAUGAAGAGGAAGAGGGUGAUGUGGAUGAAGAAGAGGAGGAAGGUUGGGGUGGAAGAAAAAACUACUAUGGUGGAGAUGAAGCUAGUGAUGAUGAAGAUUCUAAGCAAAUGACCGAAGAGGCAAUGAGGCAACAACGAAAGCACUUGGAAGAUCUUGCUAUGGAUGACUAUAUCGAUGAAGACAUCAUGGAGGAUUGGCAAAAGAAGGCCGACACGUUUGAUAACAAGGAACAGCAAACGACAUUUACACAAAAGAUUAUGAGUUCUGGAACCUCGAUUGAACAACUUGACGAUAAUGAGCGUCUACAGUUGCUUCGUCAAUCUUUUCCUGAAUUUGUUCCAUUAAUGAAGGAGUUAGAAAUUUUGCGACCGGAGUUGGAUGAGUUGAGAAACAUAAAGUCUCCAAACCAAUGCGUACAAAUUAAAAUUGCAGCUCUCUCAGGUUACCUUGCAUCCAUUGCUUCAUAUUUUGCAUUGUUUGUGGAAAAUUUGCAAACCCAAGAGGAUUCAUUUAUCUCAAUGAAGGAUCACCCCGUGAUGGAAACAAUUUUAAGCUCCAAGGAGGUGUGGAGACAAGCAAACGAGUUACCCAUGGAGGUUAAAGAUACUGUGGUGGCACUUACUUCUUCAACUGCUUCCGGUGCUGAUGUAUCGAGUGAAUUUAAUGAAGAUGAGUUUGUUGAUGCAGAAGAAUACAACCUGGAAGAGGAAGAGGAAGAAGAAGGAGAAGAAGAAAACGAAGAUGAUGAUAACAAUGCCAAAUUAAAGAAUGGUUCAUUAGACCUGGACCUUGACAUUGACAUUACAAAACAAAGAGCUAUUAGAAAAGUUGCAAACACUGCUGAGGACGAUUACGCUGAAGGUAACAUUGAAGAUGUUGAUAUGGAAGAUAAGAAGCGUAGGAAAAAGACCUUGAGAUUCUACACGGCGAAAAUAGACAAGGCUGCCGCGCAACGAGAAAAGGCAAUCUCUGGAGAUAUGGAUGUGCCGUAUAAGGAGCGUCUCUUUGAAAGACAACAGAGACUUGUUGAAGAAGCGCGUAAACGUGGUCUUGAGAAACGAGACAUUCUAGAUGCAGACGAGGAUGAUUUGAACGAAAAUAAUGUGGAAGCAGGUGAUUAUGGUGACUAUGAUGGUGAUGCUGAUAACAAUGAUGUUUAUGAUGGUGGUGACUAUUAUGAGAGACUUGAAAACAGAAAACAUACAAAGAAGGAGAACCGUAAGCAAGCACAUAUUGCGGCAGUCAAAGCUGCUAAAGAAGGUAAGUUGGCUGAAUUACAAGAUGAAGUUGGAGAAGAUGGAAAGCGUGCCAUCAAUUACCAAAUACUCAAGAAUAAAGGUCUUACUCCACAUCGUAAGAAGGAGUACAGAAACUCGAGAGUUAAAAAGAGAAAGCAAUACGAAACAGCAAAGAAGAAACUCAAAUCUGUUAGACAAGUGUAUGAUGCUGAGAAACAUAGAGGUCCAUACGAAGGUGAAAAGACUGGUAUCAAGAAAGGCUUAUCUAGAUCUGUUAAAUUGGUAUAA